UCAGUGCCGCCUGUGCCAAACUACAAGAUCUCCAUGUCAGUCCCAGAAUGGCUCCAGGCAAUACAGAACUACAUGAAGAUGCUGCAAUACAAUCACACAGGAACACAGUUCUUCGAGAUUAGGAAAACCAGACCUCUGAGUGGGUUAAUGGAGACAGCAAAAGAAAUGACCAGGGAGUCCUUACCUAUCAAAUGCCUUGAAGCAGUUAUCCUGGGGAUAUACCUAACGAACGGGCAGCCCUCUGUGGAACGAUUCCCCAUCAGCUUUAAAACCCACUUCUCAGGGAACUGUUUUCAUCACGUGGUGCUCGGGAUUUACUGCAACGGCCGGUACGGCUACCCGGGGACGGGGAGGUACGGCUCGCUGGGCAUGAGCAGGCGGCCGGAUCUGAUGGACAAGCCUCUCACUUACCGAACUCUGAGCGACCUCAUCUUUGAAUUUGAAGACUCCUAUAAAAAGUACUUGCAUUCAGUCAAAAAAGUAAAAAUAGGAUUAUACGUCCCGCAUGAGCCUCACAGCUUUCAGCCCAUUGAGUGGAAACAGCUGGUCCUCAAUGUAUCCAAAAUGAUGCGCACAGAAGUUAGGAAGGAGCUGGAGAAGUUUGCCAGGGAUCUGAGGAUGAAGAUCCUGAAACCCUCCAGUGCCCAUUCUCCAGUGAAGGAGAGGUCCCGGGGUAAGUCCUUGUCCCCUCGCCGCAGGCCGGGCAGCCCUCAGAGACGGCCCUGCAGGAGAGACAAAUCGCCUGCAGUGCUGGACAAGAAAGGAGAGCUGGCCACGCUCAGCGAGGUGGGCUACCAGCUCCGCAUCUAG